UGCCCCGACUGCCCCUAGUGUAAAUCCACCACUGCGUGUGUAUAAUAUAUGUAUGUAUGUAUGUAUGUAGGUACAUAAAAUACCUGCCUGAUCAUUUGGCUUCACGCAGUCGCAUUAAUUCCCAUUAACAGUGGCUGUGAAGUUCGAAUACGGACAGUCAGACAUCACGUCUUAUAAAAAAUAUUUGAAAGUUUUAUCAUUUGACUACGGAACCAUUAAAUCGAUUGGAAUAAAAGCUAACUCAAUAAUACUUUUUGAAAAAGUUAUAAUGUAAUCCUGGCCAUGUGAAUGUCAUUGCAUUUUUUUAAAAAGUUAGUCUGUCACUACUGCGCAGUUUAAUUGGGUUUUCUUACAAAGUAUUUUUCGAAAAUUUUACAAAACCUUGUACUUAUGAUUUACUAAUAAUAAUUGCAAAUAUGGACCGAGGUCAUUUCGGGGAUAGCGCUCGCAAUAGAUCAGAUUGUGAAUUGAAACGAUACAACCAUGUUUUUGACGAAGCUGGCGAAAAUACUCAUUACCAUAGCGACUCCGAUUCAGUUGCAUCCAGAAAAAGCAAAACUAGAUACAUUAACCCAGCCAUUUACGUUGAAAAGAUUGAAGCAACGCAUUCAGUGACGUCACUGCAGACGGGUUCUUGUGUUGAUGACGUCACUCCGCACCCACACAGCGAUUACAGGAGUAAUUCGACCCCAUUCUUAAGUGGACGGGAUUCGAGUGUAUCUUCAACAAGUCUGAAAAGAAAAUCUUGUACAUUACUGGGAGGUCACAUUCAAGUUUAUAUAGAUGAAGACACACCUCGUAACGAUCGUACUUAUCGUGAAGAUGGGCCUGACACUUUUCGACUAUCCGUGGCAUCUAUUUCUACGACCACAACUGCAAAAGAAGAGCGAGAACGUAACGAGAAAAAGAAACAGGAAGCUUUUCGUCAGUGGUUGGCGCGCAAGGAGCAAGAAAAACGCGAAAAGGCGCGUUUGGAAAAACAAAAACAACACACUAUCCCUGCAACCACACCCGAACAACGUGAGGCAUCUUACCGAAAAUGGCUGGAGCGCAAACGAAUGCAGAACGAAAGGCGAAAAGCAGAGGAGAUCAUGCACCGCUACAGGGAACAUGAGAAUGUAGAACAAGAGAGACUAAAGCGUGAAAGGGAAAAGGAAGAAAAGUUAGCCGACUGGAUAAAGAAAAAAGAAGAAGAAAUGAAAGUGAUGAAGACUCGGGAGGAACGUAAAGCAGCACGUGCUGCUAUUGAAGAGGAACGAAGACGCGCAAAAGGUGAACGUGCCUAUCGUGACUGGCUACGUACCAGCAAAAAUAAACCUUUACCUGUACCACUUAAUCAAGGAGAACUAAGUAUGCGUGGAUCCGUAUCACAGAUGUACAUAAACCCUGUGCCUUGGCAAUCCACGACGUGAUCAUCCAAGAAGUUUUUUCUUCAUUUGUAGAUGGAAUAUUUUACUUUAAAAAAAAUUUCUAGAUUAUAUUUAUUUAGAACACAUUUUGGAAUUUUGUAAAACAUUUCAUGUAGUUACAUAAUGUUCAGAGUUUAAAAUAAGUGUUGUUUGUUGUUCGAAAAUAAAACACAUUUAUCUGAUAUA